AUCAGAUCAGAUCAGAUCAGAAAAAAUAAGUUCAGAUCAGAUCAGAUCAAAAAAAAUAAGUUCAGAUCAGAUCAGAUCAGAAAAAAUAAGUUCAGAUCAGAUCAGAUCAGAGCAGAUAAGUUCAGAUCAGAAAAUUUCAGGUGAACUGAACAUAGCCUAAGUACUAAAACCAUAAAGUUUUCUACAACUAGAGAGAAAAGUACGGCAAAACUAGAAGCCAAUAAAUGAAUAAUUCAGGGUUGGCAGAAGACGCACUUCCAUUGCGUCCUCUUUCUCUAGCUCGACCAUUACCACUCCCUCCACCUUCAUCAACACCGGCGCCACCACAUCCCACACCAAUUCCAGUUGCUUCUCAUACUAACCUCGAAACUGAUGUAUCAGGUGAGGAAUUCUUGGCAUAUGGAGUGAGGUUGUACCGAGCAGCACUUAGAGGUGAAUAUUUAGCAAUAGAACUUGUUGCUCGUAUUUCUCCAAAAUGGAUUCGCUUAAAGAUCACUAAAGGUGGGGAAACAGUUCUUCACAUAGCAGCAGCAGCCAAGCAUCUCCAUCUUGUUAAGGAGCUGGUUCAUAUGAUGGAUGCAGAAUCUCUUGCUUUAACCAACAAACUUGGAAACACAGCCCUCUGCUUUGCUGCUGUUUGUGGAGUAGUAGAAAUUGCAAGAGUGAUGGUGGAAAAAAACAAAGAGCUGCCAAACAUUAGAGGUAGUCAAGGAAUGACCCCACUACACAUGGCCGUCUUGCUCGGGGAUCGACAUAUGGUAUGGUACCUUCUUGAAGUCACCAGUGACGAACAAAUGACAGACCAAGAUCGAAUAGGGUUACUUACUAGCUCAAUUGACACUGAUAUGUUCGAUGUCGCAUUGCAUAUUCUAAGCAAGCACCGGUACCUGGCCCUUCUUCGGGAUACAAAGAAGGAGACUGCAUUACAUGCAUUGGCUAGAAAGCCACUAAAGCCAGCCGAUUGUCAACUGAGCAUUUGGAAGAGGUUCUCAUUGCAAUGGACCAAUGUAAGUCACGAUAAAAACAUGGAGCCCCAAGUUGCACUUCAGCUACUAGAAAGCCUAUGGAAUGAAGUCAUCAAAAGGAAGGAAGAGGAAAUCUCUAAACUGAUUGGCUACCCAUGGCGGUUACUAUUUGUGGCGGCUAAACUAGGAAAGGUUGAAUUCUUAACAACGUUGAUCCGAUCUUAUCCUGACCUUAUAUGGAAGGUAGAUGAAAAUAGGUAUACUAUUUUUCACAUAGCCGUUACCCAUCGUCAAGAGGAGAUCUUUAAACUUAUAUAUGAAAUUGGAGCCAUUAAAGAUUUAAUAGCUACUUACAAAGAUGAUGACGGAAAUAACAUGUUGCACUUGGCUGGCAAGUUGGCACCUUUACCUCGGCUUGCUUGCGUAUCUGGGGCUACUUUGCAGAUGCAACGGGAAAUAUUGUGGUUCAAGGUACUAGUUAAGUCGAAGGCAGUGAAGAAGAUAGUCAGGCCUGAGUACAUUGAAGCUGAAAACAAUGAUAGGAAAACACCUCAUGCAUUGUUUAGGGAAGAGCAUGAAAGAUUAAGGACAAAAGGGGAGGAGUGGAUGAAGAAGACAGCAGAAUCAUGUGCUCUAGUUGCAACUCUAAUAGCUACAGUCGUGUUCUCAGCAGCCUUCCAAUUACCAGGAGGUAUUAACGAAAAAGGAUAUCCAGUCCUACAAAAAAGGGCUUCUUUCGUGGUUUUUUCCAUAUCAAAUGGGGUAUCUUUGUUCACCUCAACUGCUUCAGUAUUGAUGUUCUUGUCAAUCCUUACUUCAAGGUAUGCAGAGCAAGACUUCCUUGUAUCGUUGCCACUGAAGCUCAUGAGCGGGCUUAUCUUGCUACUCAUUUCAAUAGCAACCAUGAUAGUAGCCUUCACCGCAACAUUCUUCAUCACUUUCCGAGAAGGUGUGACAUGGGCUCCAAUUCCUAUCGCCUUAAUUGCCUCAAUCCCUGUUACACUUUUCACCUUACAGCAGUACCCGCUUUUGAUGGACAUUUAUCAAUCAACCUACAAGUCUCAUCAAUAUCUAUUUAAAUCUAGUAAAUCAGAGCUUUUCGAGACUACUGCAGCAAAGACAACGAACUACCUCACUACUCCCCAUGGGCCAGCCUUUUUACUCCAUGAGAAUGCUCCAACAUCUAGAUACCACUUUUCAAAUGGUCAGACAGCCUCUUCUAUUCCUAAUAGAUCUCGCUCCAGCUCUAUAAAUCAUCCAACACCCUCACAAAUAGUAGAUCCCAUUGCAUCCGAACAGGGUACGUCUACAUAUGGGUCCCAUGAAACCCCUACAGAAGCUGCUAUCCCACCAACAUUUUAGUAAGUCUUGUUCAAGUCCACAGGGGUUGUAUAUUUGUCAAAUCGAUGUAAUGGAAGCUUUUUCUAAUCAUACUCAAGCUAGUACUUAUGAUUGCCAGUUUUUUCUCUCUCAAUUGAGCAAACACUUUUCAAUGAAAUUAUUGUAUACAUCAUCAGCAAAUAUAGAAUGUAAAGUAAAUUGUUUUCCUGAA